GAAUCCGGUUUGGGUUUUUCUUUGCGACAUUGAGUGGUGCGAGACUGCUUGGGGUCCAGUUUCGUGGCUAAUGAGAUUUGAUUCGAGGUAUUCCGGCGGCGCUCUAGUCGAACAAUUCGAGCUUGAAUUCAAAUUGAGGUGUCCUGAGUAGAGAAAUUUUCAGCAUCAAUUUCUCCGCCUUCGAGUUUCAACAAUUGAUGAUUUCUAAAUUCAAAGGUAUCUUUUUCACCGCCUCUCGUCAAAAAUCUCCCAAUUCCCCAUCAAUUCUCCCUCCUCUUCCAUACCUCAAACCUUUCUCAACAUCCCAAAUACUCGGAACCAAAAUGGAGUCAGAAGCACCUGCGCCCACGCUUCUUCUACUUGCUGGGAAAUCAAAUGAGGAGAAAGAUGUGGCAAAGAUAUUACAGGACAACAAUACUCUUCAACUGCAUAAAAAUGGUGAACAAGUUGAAGUUGUUCUGCAUUCCCAAGUCCAAACGCCAUUCAAAGAUGACGAGUUUCGAGUUGAAGAAUACUUUUACUCCCUUUCGACUACGCGUUUUGGGAGACUACUCAUUUACUCCCCCAAAUUGUCCUCAACUCAUGACGUUAUCUCACAAAAUAACUCUGACUUACCAGUUGGUUCAGUGUGUGUUGCUGAUGUGCAACUGAAAGGGAGAGGUCGUACUUGUAAUGUGUGGCAAUCACCAAAGGGCUGCCUUCUGUUUUCAUUUUCAAUACAAAUGGAGGACGGCAGAAUGGUGCCACAUUUGCAGUAUGUAGUCUGUCUUGCCAUGACAGAGGCCAUUAAGGCUAUCUGUUUGGAAAAGGGAACUCCGCAUCUUGAUGUUCGCAUAAAGUGGCCAAAUGAUCUAUAUUUAGGUGGCCUUAAAGUGGGAGGCAUCCUAAGCACAUCAGUAUAUAGGUCAAAGAAGUUCUAUAUUAGUGCUGGAGUUGGAUUGAAUGUAGGGAAUGAGAAGCCUACCACAUGCUUGAAUGCUGUUUUAAAAAGAGUGAAUCCUCUCUCACGUGAAUUGAAAAGAGAAGAUAUUAUUGCAGCCUUUUUCAAUAAAUUUGAGAGCUUUUAUGAUGUUUUCUUAGAACAAGGAUUUCAAGCUCUUGAAGAGUUGUAUUAUACGACUUGGUUACACAGUGGACAGCGGGUUAUUGUGCAGGAUAGAAGCGAUGAUCAGGACCAGUUAGUUGAAAAUGUAGUCACCAUUCAGGGUUUGACAUCCUCAGGGUACUUAUUAGCAAUCACAGAUGAUGGUCAAAUGUGUGAGCUACACCCAGAUGGGAACAGUUUUGACUUCUUCAAAGGGCUUAUCAAAAGAAAAAUGAGCUGAAGGAGAUUCAUGUUCAAGGAUUUAUCCUCUUCCCUGUUCACUUUUUGUUUAAAGUAUUCGAGCUAAUUUGUCCACCAAGGCUAGAACACUAGAACAGAUGGGAAGAAAAUACCUUGUGUUUGUCUUUGUUGCUGGGAAUUGAACCUGAGACUUCAUAAUGCUCAACCCAACUUCAGAAUGAUCUGAAGAGAGAGCAAGAAAGUCAGCUAUGUUAAUCAAAACUGCAAGAGUAAGAACUUUGCUGACGAACUAAAUUCAUUAAGUUUGCAACAUCUGAAACCCAUCAAGUUUGUAGUACCCUGCAAAGUUAUAUAAAUUGAAGGGAAAAGUCUGUAUGAUUUAUCGGUGACGGGGUACUACAAACUUUGCAUGGCAAGGGAAAUGUCUUGUAUGAUUUGAUUUCACGGUGACGUAUAUCUUCUCAUUUUAAUCUUAUUUUAUCUUAUCUUUUA